AUGAGCUUCAAGCGAUCGAGGGAAGACUUGACCAAAUCGGACCCGGAGGAAGAGCCUGUGCAAUCUCUGGAUGAGCUCUUUUCUCGAAUGAAAACGAUGUUCGAGCAAACCAACGCGAGGAUUGAAAACUGUAAGUCGGAUCUACAGUCAGAGUUUGCCGUUCUUCGCGAAGACAUGCAGCAGUUCAAAACCGAGUGCUCCAACAAUGUCAACAAGCUGUCUGCUGAUCUAACCAAGACCCGGGACAACGUCAGCCUCAACUAUGAACGGAUCCUCGUCUGCGGGAAACUGAAUGAUCUGCUGCUGUCUGGUGUGCCCUAUCAGUCUUCAGAAAACAUCUCUAACUACGUCAGGAGCGUCUCGCUUGCUUUGGGCUACAGUGAUCAAGAUCGUCCUUUGAUUUACACGAAAAGGCUGGCUCGCCUUCCAAUCGCUGAUGGUACUGCUCCCCCUUUGCUGCUUCAGUUUACCUUCAGAGCAGCACGAGAUGAAUUUUACCGACGAUAUCUCUCGUCGCGUAACCUGUCGUUGUCACACCUGGGUUUUUCUGUCAACAAGCGGAUCUACCUGAACGAGAAUCUGACAGAACUCGCUAGAUCGAUCAAAGGGAGUGCUCUCAAAAUGAAAAAGGACGGCAAACUGCACAGUGUCUUCACCAAGGACGGAUUCGUGCAAGUGAAGGACCGCGCGGAGGAUGAAGCUCGGCCAGUACAUUCUGUGGAGCAGCUGGCCAACAAACCCUUUCCUUGA